AUGGCCAAGGCGCCCUCGUCAGAGGCCCAACAGAUGAGGCUGCCCAGUCUGGGGGUUCAGAACCCCGCUGAUUUGUACUACCCAGUUUCAGACCCCGGCCAACUGAUCUGCUGCCUGGAACAGGCUGGUGGUGUAGGAGCCCUGGAAGGCUUUGUCGAGUGGCUCCCUCUGUGCUGUCAGGAGCGUGAAGUCAAGGACCUCAGCGGAGCUUCAAGUCCCCGGGGGCGGCUGAUGGCACCUGGCAGAGCCUGCUAUGCCCUGGCCAUCCUGCUGGCAGUGCUGGACACACGGUCUGGUGGAUGCAUACAUAUCACCAGCUCAGCUUCCCAGGAAGGAACUCAACUGAACUUAACCUGUACUCUGUGGCAUACGAAGGAAGAGGCUGAGGGCUGUAUAGUGUUUUUGUGCAAAGACAGGUCUUUGGACUGUUCCCCUGAGACCAGCCUGCAACAGCUGCGACUUAAGCGCCAUCCCGGGAAGGAUGACGGUAGUAAAAUAUCAUCUCAGCUAGUGUUCACCAAAAACCAAGUCGUGCCGUCGGACAAUGGGACCUACCAGUGCUGUGCCAGAUGCCAGAAGCCAGAAAUGACACUGCAGGGCCAUUCUUUGUCUGUUCAGGUGACAGAGACAGGAAACUUCACAGUGACAGGCCCGAAGACCAUUCAACACCCUGCGUUUGGCCACAAUGCGGGUGUUCCCAGGACAGGUUUCCUGCCAGCACAGAUCUGCAUGUUGCUGCUCACCAGCCUGGUGGUCCCUCAAGUUUUGUAAGCCUUGAGUCAAAAAGAAACUUUAAAACAAGCUAGAGCCAAGAUAAAU